AUGACAUCGACCAACUUUGCGCAAGCGCAGCAGCGCCUCGCAGCCCGUCGACAGGCCCGCGAAUCCAACAAUGCAGCCCGCAUCGCCGCGCAACGCGACGCAUCACAAGCUCGCGCCCGCAUCGAUCGUUUACCGUUCCCCCUCAGUCGUCUUGGCUUGGCUUGGGACUCGAUAUCGUCGCCGGAAGGCACCCGCCCCGCCUUCAGGGUUGGACAGGUCGAUGCGGAGUUGCUGGAUGACGAGUUGUUGGAACUCCUCCGCGGCCAGGUCGGCGAUGCCCUCAAAUACUUUGCUGGCGGCCACCUGAAAGACGACUGGUCCGCUGAAAUCCUUCUGGCGCUCCGCGCCAUCCUUUUCAAGUUGACUUUGUGGGACAACGAUGCGACCUACGGUGCAGCUCUACAGAACCUCAAGUAUACGGAUGCGCGCAAAAGCGCCUCGGCCCUGGUCGCGCCGUCCAAGUGGCAGAAGUCCUUGUACGGGUUGAUUACCGUUUUUGGGAAAUACGGCUGGGAGAAGUGGGAGAACUGGCUCCUUGACCAUGACGACGGGUACAGCGACGAACCCAACCCUCGUCUUCAAAGGCUGUCGAGGAUCACGUCUCGAGCAACAACGCUGCAUGCCAGCGCAGCCUUUGUUUCUUUCCUUGUCUUUCUUCUGCAAGGGCGUUAUCGCACCCUGUUGGACCGAGCCUUGCGGAUGCGCCUAGCUCCACCUACCAGCCAGGUGAGCCGAGAAGUGUCCUUCGAGUAUCUCAACCGGCAACUUGUGUGGCACGCAUUUACAGAAUUCUUGCUCUUCAUAUUGCCGCUCGUUGGCAUCAACCGGUGGCGGAGAUGGAUCUCCCGUACAUGGCGCAAGACGAAAGAGAUUAUCACUACCAAGGGAGACGAAGAUAAGACGGCAGAUGGCGAGUUUGGUUUCUUGCCCGAGCGCACCUGUGCCAUCUGCUACCAAGACCAGAACGCACUUGCGAGCACCGAAACGGAGAUAAUGGCUGCGGCAGCAUCGAGCGGUGUCAUCGGUUCAGCCCAGACUGAUAUCACCAAUCCAUACGAGACCAUACCUUGCGGGUGCGUGUACUGCUUUGUAUGUCUUGUAACCCGUCUCGAUAGGGAAGAGGGCGAGGGAUGGACAUGUCUGAGGUGCGGGGAGCUCGUCAAAGAAUGCAAGCCAUGGAGCGGCGACGUUCUAGAGCCACCCAAGAAAUCACCCACUGCAAAGGUAGUUGCAUUUUCUGACGACGCCAAGGACGUUGAAGGUAAUACUGGGACGGAGGCCGAGGCUGAUGUCGAAGCUGACGUGGAAGUUGGCAAUGAGUUUGUCGACGUGCCCCAGCAUGAAGACCAUUCUACUGAUGAUACUGACUACACUGGUGAUUCCGAGGGUUUCGAGGAAACUAUGGACCAGGAUGAAUGA